AUGGAGGAAGCAAACGGAUCUUGGUUUCCAAGAGAGAGGCAGCAUUCAAACCCGUUUCAUUUCACCUCCGGUCACGAAGCUACGCAGCGUACGAACAAUGCUACAAAUAUUUACAACGCUUCGCCUUUUCCAGAGAAAGAACCGAGAUUCUCACCCAAGCCAGGCAAAAGAGCAAGAAAACUGUCUUUAUUCUCGUUUCAUUUCAACUCCAAAUCUAAUUCGGAAGAAAAGGGAAGGCUAAGGCGUUCGUCUCAACCGGUGUUCAACCAAACUUCACCUCAAACUCUCCCACCAGAUCCAAGUGAUGUGUGGUUGACUUCUCUCACUAACAGUCGCCCUGGAUCGCAGAAUAGCUUGGAUAGUUCGCCAUGUUCUUCGCGAAAAGACUCAGCAGUUCUCGGACCCGUGGAGAAAGAAAAUAUUGCAAUACAGGACAUAAUUCAAGAAACACUUAAAUUACAGUUUGACUGUGUUACAGAGUAUAACCGGGAUGAAUGUGAUCGCUUGGGAAAGAACGUCUGUCAGCUAGUGAAACGGCGCGUCGAAGCCAUGAAAGAGGCUACUAAAACACGCUGCAAAAUCGUGUCAGUCGUUUAUGUUGGCGCGGUAAGAGACUUUGGGAUGGAAGUAGCAUGUCAGGCGCUUCUGGAAGUAGACAAAGAUAAUUUUACGGUUGCAAGUUACAGAAACGGAAAAGUUUUUGCUGUGGGUGGCAUUAUAGUGAUUCCGUUAGAGAAACAGGCGUAGAGUUCAGAUAAUUUUAAAUGGAAAGAAAACAGACCAUACUAAUGUGAGAAGCUUAGAUAACAAGCGAUUGAAAAACAGUUGUUUUCACACAGGUAUUGUUGUGUUUUGAUAGCAUUGCAUCAGUGUUAUAUGAAGAGUGAAAUGAAAGCUAAUGAAAACAUUGUGUUGCUGGUUGGAGCCGGCGGCUGAAGCCGGCUAGCCCGGUAUAGUUCAUUAGUUAUGAUAAACACAGAUAACCCGCGGUCACAGACCUAUUAGCAGAUGCUGGCAAAUUAUCAGGGGUUCACAGCUAUGAGCAAUUCGCAUAUAUAUUUGCAUCGCUAAAUAAAAACAUUACGGAUGAUGAGCUUCGCUUUAGUAACUUACAUUACAAAUUGGCACGCGGCGGGAGGUCUAGGGCGGAUAAUAAGACUCCACCCCAGCCCGCCCCACUCCACCCUCUCCGAUCUAGUUUUUUACGCAAAAUUCGGGUCAAACAUGGAUUUUUGAAGAGUGUUUUGACGAUCUUUUAAGCUUUGUGUAAAUUGUGAUAAAUGGAUGGUCCUCUGGGCACCAUGAUGUCUGCAUCUGAUCCGACUUAACCUUAAAUGUCUUGAAUAAACAAUAAAAAGUUGAAGCUAAACAGAAAAAUGGGAAUGAAAUUCUCCGAAUUUUAGCAAUUUUUCUUUGGACGUUUGGUAUGAUACGGCAUGCGAGUUACUUAAGAUUUUAUAAAUAGCUCACAUUUCGCAUGACCGCGAAGAGCUUAUGCCCUGAUAACGCUGAAUCUAUAAAUGGGUUAUCACGAUGUAAGCUACUUCGCGACAAGGUGAAUGCCUUCACGAAAAUAGUUUGAAAUUGUGAUCCACUAGACGAUAACACGAUUGUUACGGUGCAAGGUCAACAUUCCUUCACUUAACAGAUAAUUGAGGACGGCGGGGGGGGGGAGAGGGGAAUACAGCCACUAGCCCGAUGUGUCGCAAAAUGAAUGCUGUUAAUAGUUACUUGAAACAACACUGACUCUGUGUGAGGCGUUUAGGGAAGAAUCCACUAAUAAUAAAUGACCCUUCUGAGGACAAAGGUACUCCUUCGUAGGAUCCUGUAAAAUCCAGGCGAACAAGGCUGAAUCUGCAUGAGUUUCCUGAGGAAGUACCCCCCCCCCGCCUUGAAAUUAUGGUCUCUACAGUAAACGAGGCAAUCUUUCGAAGGAGUCACUAAAUGUUUGCAUUCAGUACAUCGCUGUCGCUGUGUGUACCAUUCAGAUGACAGCCUGUCACAAAAAAACUGCCUUCUUUUAUAAUUUUGUUCUCAUUUUCAGACAGCGCCGGAACUUGAAAGGCAUUUGUGUUUCUGUGAGAAGUUUUCGAAAGGAGAACUUUCGGCAUUGUUUGUACUCGAAUUUAACCAACGUUUAAGAGCAAAAACCAUCAGUAUUUGGUUUUCGAGUGGUUCGAAGUUUAGAAAGUUUGCCAAAUGUUAAUUCAAUGUCACAGAGGUUGUAGAUGCAAGAACGAAACCCAAAGUUAUUGCUCCGACGUUUGUAAGGGGCAAUAUCGGAUGCGACAUUCUUUUUCCUCUAAUGACUAAGCUAUGUCAUCAUGACAAUAUCAGGGUCAAAGAGGACAAGUGUAAAGAAUCCAAAAUAUUUCUAAUUUUUCAACACAUGUCUAUUACUUUGCAGUACAGAAUUAUUGAAAUAAUACCUCUCCGGAUAUUGCCAAUUUGCGCUUUAUUUAAUUUAACAAAGGCAAGCGUUUAGUCGUUGGUUGCGCGGACAAAGUGAAGGACUUCCGAGAUAUACCACUUCACUGGCGUCAAUGAUAUCAAGUCCGUAUCUUUAUCGCCUUCAUUAGCUGUUAAUAUUUGGCUGCUGAUACAUAAUUAAGCCUUUCUUAGAUGGGAAAGAUGCGCGGAAGGUUUGGUAUUCACUCCGGAAUAUGCUAAACAGAUAAAGAAACAGAAGCUAAGCUCUUUUGAAAUAGUUUAUAAAGAUUGGUUUGGUAAUCCAAUCAAAGUUUGAUUUGACAUAAGACUUUAAAUUAGCCGCUUUACUUUUCUGAAGAAGCGAGUGUGUAACAACUGCUCUAACCCUACUCCCCUUAGUUGUUUCGCUUGCGCUCUCAGACGAUGAUCUACGAUAAAUUUAGAGCAGUCUUCGCAGUUACAUUUCCUUAGCAAAAACAAAAAAACGGUAAAAGAAAAAAAAAGAGAAAGAAUGGCGCCUGUUAGGUGGACUAGCAAAAAUUGUUAAAAUUUAGUAAAAUUCUAUCACAGGUCGGCUGCACCUGAUUGGCUCAGCGACUCGCUAUCCGUGAUUUCGUGAUAUAUAGUAAGUAAAGUGUAUUGGCUAGGAGGAUGUGGUUGUAAACAAAAUAGGAUUUGAUAAAUAUACCUGUCUUCUUAAUAAGAUUUGGUUGGCUAGAUUUAUUCUAAAAUUAGAUUAUGCACUUUAGAUUUCUAUCGCGUGAUAGCUGACUCAGGCCAGCUCAUCAACUAUCACGCGAUAGAAAUCACGAGUCCUUAAUAUAAGAUGUAAAAGGUCUUGUGUAGAAGGUCUUUUUUGAAAAGGGUAACUUCGAUUCGUUGGAAAUUGGUUGAAAAUUCGUAAAAGAAAAAGAGUUGAAUAAAAUGAGUCAAAUUACUAGAGAAGACUUUGUUGAUUUUUUCAAUUCAACUGCCCGGAAGUUCAACAGCCCAGAAGUUCAACUUCCCGGAAGUUCAAUUAAGAGAACCAACUUUCUGCUCCCAACCUAACACUCCUGUGCGUGAGUCAGUAUCUUCUCAUGACCGUGAGCUGCUUUGGAAGCCUGGAAUCUAGGAAUCUUCCAACACCCCUCACAACGCCUUGACUUUAAUUUUCAGUAAUUCGCAAAUUUCUCGGUCAUCAUAGUUCUUUCAGACCCACAAAAUUCUCGGCGUAAGCUCCUCCUGUAAAAAAAGAAGAAAAAAAAACGCUUCUCACGCAGAUCGGAAUAUUUCUCUCUGAAGGUUUGCUUUAAAAGGACGCAAAGAUAUUGUUUUAGCCAAUGGAGAGAACGUUGAAGGGAGAACGUCCAAGAGGUUCCAAAAUGGUUUGCUGCCUCAUGCCUGGCAACGCACACUGUACGUUGCCAGGUAAACUUAUUGUAUUUCCAGCUGAAUUUAAAAUGAUGUGGUGGUGAAUGACCCAUCGAGUCCAUUAAGACUUAAAGUCAUACCUGAUGAAAUACAAAAGGUUCAUUAAUUAUUCAUGACUGUUUGAGUUUUGACAAUAAAGUGGCUUUUGAAGGACCACGCUCAACCAGGAUGCAUUGCGGGGAUAGAAAGAGACUUUUAAUUUGUUGUCAAAGAGCUUUCUGAGUCUUUUCUGCUCCUGUCGCUUGCGCAAACACCUGAAGUCCUGCAGUUCUAUGGAUCAAAUAAUCCGCAGCCUGCGUAAAAGUUAAAGAAUUUUCUUUGAAAGUAUGUUAUGCCAUCAGUCAAAAAGUAGUGUGUCCCGUCUUGCGAAAUCUUGUUCAUUUAUGAGUACACAAUGACUACAAAGCAAGCAGUUGGGUGGUAUCUGUGUUCUGCGUAUAUAAGCGUUCGUUUACACGAAAUUAUAGAAUACGAACAGCAACCCUCUUUUUUUUUUUUCGCUAAGUGCACCGCACAAGUCAAGGAAAAAUAAAACAAAGGGACAUCAGAAAAAUUUAGUCAGGGCCGUGCGAGAACUGGGAACUAAAAUUUCACGCGGCGGCACUAACUUUUACACUCAUUUCUCUUCACUCCUACGACCGACUCAGCAACGAGAGGGUGAAUGAUCUAGAAACAGAAGUCUCUCAUAUGAGCUUAAAUGGUUUGGGAUAAGGAAAAAGUUAAAUGUUAGCUACACUACGUGGCUCUUCUCUAUAGCCAUUCACUGAAUUUGCCUUUUUGCUGACAGCAUUAAGCUUUCGAGUAACUCUUAUCAUUUCUUCCUGAGGUGAUUUUUUGGUCCCUGCUCAGGGGACAUUAAUCUUUCAUCAUUUCAAGGCGCUAUUGACGAAAAUAAACCAACAAAGACAAAAGGACUCUGACUGGUAGAGCAGGUUCUUGUCUUUGUCGAAAUAAGACCACCGAAGUCCGGUGCGACAUUCAAAAGAACAUCUUUCAUUUCCCUAAGGAUCAAGCUACUACAUACUCAAAGAGAAGGUAGGUUUAGGAGCUAAGUUUCUGAGCUAUUUCUCAUGGUUUUUAGUUUGGAGUAAUCCGAAUUCUAUCAUGACAUUCUAAAUGAUGUCAGUAACGGAACGUUAGUACGCAACUUUGAAUAAGCGGCAUUCUAAACUCAAUCCCGUUUAUUGAAUGUUUUAGCUGGAUAUCUCACGAAAAUUGAUUUUUUGUUCAAGUCUUGAAAAUGAUCCCCGCCAUUUGCAGUUCGAUUUUCCUCUAGGAAUAUAAUUAUUCGAUUCGCGCUCAAAGCAACUACUUUAUUUAUUAGUUUCUGGUGUGGCUCUGAGUAAACUUACAUCAUGUUUUCACGUUAAGGUUUAUAACGCAAAAACGUGUCUUUAAAAAACAUUUUUAAGACGAUAUGGCGUUUUUUUGCAAACCUUGACGCCCGCGCUGAGGGGUACCCAGAUAAUUGGAAGUAGAAAUUCGUAUGACUUUAUGAUCUCCGAGUUGAUUUUCUUUUUAAAGGCAUAACUAUAACAUGGAAUACAAUAAAUAACCUGCACAUGACUUACUCUCCAGUUGACAAUGGAGAAGUUAACAACCAAUUAUCGACCAAACUAAUUUGUUUUCACCGCUUUCACACAAAUAAUAAUGGUAUUUGGAUCUGUUAUAUCAAUUUGUUGAUCGAAACCCAAUCUGAUAUGUGUAUUAAGGUGCGAUAUUAUAAGACCAAAAGCUUUUGUCUUUCCCGUUUCUAAAUAAAGGGUAAAGAAGUACUAUUGUUGCCCAGAAAACUUCAUAGAUUUUUUAUCUUGUAGAGCAUGAGGGUCCUCGUUGUAUGUGCAGUUGUGGCGAGUUUUUAUUUCAUCGAUGCGAUGCCUUUUAACGGUAAGUGGAGGAGACCUAAGUUCGAAUUUCUCCUAGUCAUGCACCACCCCUGCUAGCUACGAGUACGUAACAUCUGACCUUUGAUAUCAUAUUUAUCUAACUUCAAGCUGUAAUGCUGUCCCAACAUUGCUCUAACGCUGGUCCAACACUGUUCUAAUGCUGUUCCAACAUUAAUUCUAACUAGACUGCCGCGAUCAUUAUGAGCUUUGUGGAAAAUGGGCGAAACAUCAAUAUUGUGAAAUGACAGACUACAAGGAUUACAUGACUCUAGUGUGUCCGUACUCUUGCGGUCGAUGUGACGGUAACUGCUUUAAUCUAUUUUAGUGACUAAUUAUAGCAACUGAAAAAGCAAACAUGUUUUUUUUUUUUAGAGCUAUUUUCAUUUGAGUUUCAAAAGAAAUACAGGAUUGCUUUGGUUUAGCUUCACUCUGCUCUCUGAUUGGUCAAGAAAACUCGCUUAAGCUCAUGCACCAAUCAGAAGUAAUAUCAAGAACGAUUUGGUCACGAGGUUUAGUGCGAAAUGUCUAGACGAACAAAACCACUGAAAUCCUAGAUUACUUUCCACUGGCUGAAUUGAAAAUUCCUCACAGCUUUUCCCUCGUCUUUCCCGCCCUGAACAAGAUGGAGCUAUAGAAGGAGCUCACCCCAUCCACUGCUAGGACCUGUGUUUAAUUCCCGAAGCAGGUGCAACAUGCACAUUUUAGUUAACUUACUGUUCUCAAAACUGCUCCAAAGGGGGCUUCACGGUCCCAGUCCCUCCAGGACUGGCAAACAGGAAACACCCCAAAUUCAAUCUUUGCCUUACAUCUGUCUAAAUUCAUAAUUACAAAUGCCCUCGGAAGUCAGCAGUUUACAUCUACACUAACUAAUAAUUUUUUAGGUUGAUGACAUAGGACAACAAAAAGAAGAUUUGCUAGAAAACAAUAGAGCAAUCAACAGCCUCAUUUUUUUCUUAGGUGCUGUUUUUCGUUUUUUAGAUAUUCUAGCUGAUUUGGGUGCAUCAGGAAUGAGCGCUUCCGGUAGUGGUGGGCAAAAAGCGAUACCGGAAGUUGUUGCAGACUUUGAGGGAUUUGGUAGCAGGGUAGCAAAAUCUGGUAAAAAAUCAGAGGACAUUGAUGAUAGCUCUUCCUCUCAAAGCCUGUCAGGGUCUGGAGAGAGUUACAGAGAGCCUCGUUUUCGAGAAUCAAACAACAAAGAAACAGAUAAUCAAUCUUCUGGAGAAACCGCACAGCAAGACGAGCCAGAUGAUCAGGAGAAGUCUAUUUCCGGUUCCGGUAUUGAUUCUGCUGGUGCUAAUUUUUGGCCUGUUGUUAGAAUUGAACCUGGCGCAAACGACAGAGGAAGCGACAGAGAGCUCCAUUUGAUCCGGAGAUCUGAAACAUCUAUCCCUGACUUGUCUAAAAGAGCUCCUGAUGAUGGCAGCAGCGUCACGAUUAGCGAGCCAACGUCUGGGGAGCAGUUGGCUCAAAGAAGUGACGCUCCCACUGCUAGUGGAUCCGGUGAGGAUCUCACUUCCGGAGAAGAUGAUGCGCCCUUUGAUACUUCCUCUACUGAUUCAGAAUCCGAUUCCGGUUGCUCUUCCGGUUAUGGGUGUUACGAGUCUGAAGGUGAGCAGGGAGGAGAUGGUGGGGGAAUCAAUUCGCGUUCAGUGAUCUCUCGAGCGGAAGAAAGAGCUGGCGCUUCUGGCAGCGCCUCCGGUGAUUUUGCGCCUAACGAGAAGGCUUGGGUGCAGCCUCAUUUUGAUGUGACUGCCGGUCCUUACGAUGACGAGGCAUCUGGGUCUGGUUCCGAUGGUUCCGGUUCCGAUGGUUCCGGUUCCAAAGGUUCCGGUUCCAAAGGUUCCGAUUCCGAAGGCAUUGCCCGUCUUAAGAUCGCCUUCCCUGAAAAUGCUUCGGGGUUUGGCAAGGAAGACGCACAGCCAGAGACAGAUUUACACGAGAUCGAGGACGCCAUUUUUGAUAGUGGUAUACCUCUGGUGGUCACAAGUGACACCAGUUCCGGUUCUGGGUCCGGGUCCGGGUCCGGUUCCUUAAUGCCCAGUCCUCCUGAAAUUAAAAGUUUCCAUGACAGUGAGGCUUCCUCUUCGGGAUCUGGUGCAGCUGAAAAGGUGGAAGGUAUGCAGCUGUUUGUAGCGCCUCAACACCACCAGAGAAUCAGUCUCAUGGAGAAGAUGAUGAAACUUGGGAAACUCCAGGCCAUCAAAAUAACUCAUCACACCGUAGGAGCGUCCAGUCGGAAUGAAGUACCACGUGUGAAAGCUGCAGACGACAAUUCACAAAUGCUAUCGGAUUUAGGUAAAACCUUUACCUAGUUACUCUUAAAAGAGAUUAGAAGUUUUAGUGGAGACCUAUAAUAGUCACAACGAUAUAACAUAGCCAUCUACCACUUCGUCAUGAGACUGUACAAAAUUUGAUGAUCGCAAGGAGUUGUUUUAAAGUGGAUAACAAGGAAAUGUAGAGACAAUUUAAUCGCACGUGCAGAAUUAUUGGUCCCUAAUAUUAAGUUUGAUCAAUACUUUUAUAUCUAUAUUACGUCUCAGUAAAAGACUCUCUAGAUAUUUUUUGGAAUCCAUAAGCAAACUCGUUGAGCAUCGUGCUCAAAGUCUCGUUCGCGAAUUCAAGAUGUAGGCAGUUUGGCCCUCUGUUACAGAAGAACUCUCAACCGCAUGUUCACGAGUUACAAUUCAUACAAAGACGGAUUAUCGAAUACUUGUCAUAAAAUACUUCGUGUCCGAUAUGACGCGAUAUUUCGUUUGGGCCAAAAUAUCGUUUAGAUACAUUAUUAAUUCCGCAAAGGAUCUGAGGAGUCUUUUGGCCGACACGAAACGCCGCGUCAUACCAGUCACGAAGUAAGUUUUCACAAGAAUUUGACAAUCUCUCAUACUUUUUUUUUCCAGUCAUAGCAUUUUUUCAACGCUUACUCGUUAGAAGUUUUCUUUAUGUCGUAACGCUUUGAUUUCGUCAAUCAUUUGUCUUUGCAGGACAAGGGAGGAAAGUGUCGUUUGUUUUGAAUCAAGAUUUCCAUAGUGGUUAUGCAAAUGAGAAUUCAGCGGCUUACAACAUUCUUGCAAACAACGUGAAACAAGAGGUGAGAAAUAAUUUGUUUUGAUGCUAAUAAUUAGAGAAGAAUCAAGCUAAUAAGGACAUCCUGAUUUCAAAACCUCGUUCACAUAAGUCUGCAGGUGUUCAAAAUGGGGACGCAGCCUACCGCUCCUGGGUCGAAGUUGUCACAAUAGGCCGAGUUCCGAGUUUCAAAAACCCCCAAAUUCGAUAUGAAGACAGGCACUAAACAAUUCAUGUGCAAACGAAUUCUGUCUGCUUGAGAAUAAAACUCAUUUUCGUAUGACAGGCUUCACCCUUGCCUUUCUACCUUUUUCACCUUUUCUUCUUUUGUAUCACAAUGGCCUUUUUUGGAGUAAAAAUACGUACGAAGAAUUAUCUUAGUGGACGUUAAGUUUACAUAUCGAGGAAUAUCGCUCGGGUGAUAAUCUCAGAUAUCCUGCAGUUUUAGCCGGGGGACAUUCAGUCACGUGCUGCGUUUAGACCAAUCGCGCGCGAGCAAAAAAUUAUUUGAUGGAUCAUAAACUUUGAUAUUUACAUUUUUCACAUACAGGUUGAAAACGCUUUAGGUAGUAACGCAGUGGUCUCCGAAAUCGCCUUCUCGUAAGUGUCUUUUUUUCUAUGAAAGGAGAAAUUUAAAAUAAUCAUAGAUAUUUUUUUCAUUUUGUCAUAGGGUUAUAUUAAAAAACGUUCUCAAUUUCUUAUGGUCAAUUAUGAUAUAUAUGGUAUAUCUGAUAUAUCAUGCUCCAUAAUUGGUAUCUAUCGUAACCAAUCAGAUGCAAACUCGAACCAAUCCCCACUCGGUCGCUCGCGCUUUUCCGCGCUUCAGGCACAGUUUGCUUAUUUUGACUUUAAGUUCUUGUUAGCUCCUUGUGACGUUUUCUUUUAAUUCGGCAGCCCCCCCCCUCCCAAUUCCUUGACGUUUGGUUUUUUAGGACAACUAUUCGUGAAGCACUUUUAUGCUUGAGGCUAUGGCAAUGAAGUUUUUCCCAUUACUGUUCUGUCACGUGUUACGUUACCAGUGCUAAUCGGGCAUGCUGGGAAUAUUUUUAGGGGAGUGGUGUCAUAUGGCAGCGGUGUAUACACAUUCCUUUUUCACCUUGAAAUUUUAUUAAAAUAAAUCACGAUUACACAACUGGAGACGGCCUCGUCUUCGAUAAUCUUAACCUCUACGUAGGGUCGAGGCUUCUAGACCACAACAAACACUAUUUUUUUUCUCCUCAACAGAGAGGUUCGUGAGCCGAUAUCAAACUCACCUAGAUUCUCCAAGGUAAUGGUCUCUUUCAAACUUCUCGGUGACGCCGCGAAACUGGAGAGAAAAGUCAAGAAAGGAAUGAUCAAUGGUCUAGUUGUGGAUAAGACAUUUUUCCAUGAUGCGCCUUGAAUAUCAAGCAAGGAUUCGCGGAAAAUUUUAUAGGUUUUAAAGACAAAAGAUUAUAGACUACAUAUGACGUUUUAAAUGUAUUCCGACUACGACCGGCUAGUUCCCAGACCCGUCUCUCCUCCUCAAUCUUCCCUUAGAGGUGCAAAGAAGAGAGAGUCUGGGAUCGAGGAUGAUUCAAAGACUUGAAGAAACAAAGAAACAUUUUUUCACCGAGAAAAAUCUACAUCAAUCUUCCAAGUCUUUUUUGACUUAUAUGCUUUAAUUUUCUUCAUCUUAGGGCAUCCUUGUUUCCUCACCAGGGUCUAUUCUUUGUUUUUACUGUGUUUUUCUAUCUUACCAAACAAUCUCAAGGAUUCCAUUAAGUUGUACUAAAUAUAAUGGGUUAACGUAAAUUGGCCACCGUAAAGAGUUUCGUUAACCCUUCGUCAGAGUAAAGUCCUUUCCUAUCCUUCGCUCUUAGAAAGGGCUAACGCUUGAAAUGUCAGCUUUGAAACUCUUUACAGUGGCCAAUUUACGUUAUAAACUCGGUUGAUAAUACUAAAUUUCCCUGUUAUAAUCCCCCACCGACGCAGCACCACAGUGUCUUUAGAAACUUACCUCCUUUUUUCAUAAAUAUAAUGUCCCUGGUUAUUUAUAUUAUAAGGGAAUUAUUUCUGCUGUCGAAGCUAGCAUUAUGUUGACUAAACCUUGACACUCCAGGACUGACAUACUCCAAAUGAUUCAAAACUUUUGAACUGAUCCAUUCUUGGCUGAUUUUGACGUUUUCCAAAAAAAACCUGUCAAACAAAAGAUCGAUUUUUAUAUUUUAAAGUAGGACCUCUGUAAGGUUCUAAGGUAAUCCAAAUGACAGGUACGUUAUAUAAUUACAAAAAGCAUAGGGGGAGAUAGGUAUGUAAGGCGUUUUAGGCAUUUAAGUUUUUGUA